CUGGUAUUUUCCAUGGAUUUAUCACUUGGGCAAAAUUGGUCAAGAGUAGAAGGUAAAAGUAGAGAACCUAAAAGUAGUCCAUCUUCAAUGGAGAACAGUAGAGAAGAGGGCAGUAGUUCUUCAGAAAGAACCAAAUCCUUAGGAUCAUCACGUUCAAAAAGGAAACCUACAAUUGUAACAAAAUAUGUUGGAUCAGAUGAUGAACAAAUCUUAGAUGAAACUGUAAAUGAAGAUAUUUCAAAUGAGAACUCAGAAAACGAUGUUGAUAUGAAAAGCUUGCCUAAAGGUACAGUGGUUGUACAGCCUGAGCCAGUGCUGAAUGAAGACAAAGAUGAUUUUAAAGGGCCUGAAUUUAGAAGCAGAAAUACCGUUAAAAUGAAACCCGAAGCUCCCAAAAAGCGUGGAGAGGAAGGACUACAUGGAAUUGUAAGCUGUACAGCUUGUGGGCAACAGGUGAACCAUUUUCAAAAGGAUUCAAUCUAUAGACAUCCUACACUGAAAGUUCUUAUUUGUAAGACUUGCUACAAGUAUUACAUGAGCGAUGACAUUAGCCGUGAUUCAGAUGGAAUGGAUGAACAGUGUAGGUGGUGUGCUGAAGGUGGAAAUUUGAUUUGCUGUGACUUUUGCCAUAACGCCUUCUGUAAAAAGUGCAUUUUGCGCAACCUGGGUCGAAAGGAGCUAUCGACUAUACUGGAUGAAAAUAACCAGUGGCACUGCUAUAUUUGCCAUCCAGAGCCUUUGUUGGACUUGGUCACUGCAUGUGACAGUGUCUUUGAAAAUUUAGAACAGUUACUGCAACAAAACAAAAAAAAGAUCAGAGUCGAAAGUGAAAAAAGUAAAAUAUAUGACCACACAGUCAAGUUUUCUCCAAAGAGAAAUAAUUCCAGUUGUAAUGGUGAAGAAAAAAAACUAGAUGAUUCAUAUUCAGGUUCACUAACGUAUUCUUAUAAAGCACUUAUGGUGCCAAAAGACUUGCUUAAGAAAACAAAAAAGCUGGUUGAAACUACAGCAAAUCUGAAUUCUAGCUUUGUAAGCUUUUUGAAAAACGCGGCAGAAAAUGUAGAAAUAAGCCCAUCUGUGCAACUUUGUCAGCUAAAAGCUUUUAAAUCUGUGUUGAGUGACAUGAAGAAAGCUCAUCUGGCACUAGAAGAAGGUCUGAACCUGGAGAUUCAAGCUUUGAAUGUUAAAAUCAAAGACAAAAAUACCAAAGAGAAAAAACCUGAUGUUCGAUCAGACAAAAAUGAGGUGAAAAAAGGUGAAGGAAAGGAACACGUGGCAUUAAAAGACAAUGACACUGUAAAGACACAGAAAAAAGUUAUAUCCGAACGGCCCGACGGUGAGCCUAUGGAUCAAAGUGUUCCAACAGCGGAACAAGCAGAUAACAAGCGCACUUCUGGCGAAGAUAAAAGGUCUGGCAGAAGUGAAGAACCUCAGUAUGAACCUAAUAGUACAGAGGCUUUGGACAUGGAUAUAGUGUCUAUUCCCUCUUCCGUUCCUGAAGAUAUUUUUGAGACUCUAGAAUCUGCUAUGGAGGUUCAGACUGCAUCAGACGAGCAAGACAAUGCAAAUACAGGAACAGAUCAUGAAACUCUAAAUUCAAACACAAGAUCGAACGCUGCUACGAAAGAUACCAAAGGUGGUACGAAGUUAAAAUCAUCAGCUAAAGGAACAAAAGAGUUGGUUGUAAAAUUGACUCCAGUUUCCCUUUCAGAGUCUACAGUUAAAGCCGAAGAUCAAGACAGCAAUCUAGAAAAAGGAAGUAAGGAUGUUGAUGUACCACCUACAGCAGAAAACUGUGAUUCUGUAAAACAAAAUCAUAAUGCUGGCAGUGAACCUUCCACUGAGAAUGACGCUGUCUCGCUUGCAGAGGAAUCUGACCUCAGGAGAUCACCACGUGUGAAGACCACACCUCUGAGACGCCAGACAGACAUCAGUCCUUUAACAUCGAAUUCGGAAGAAGAUAGCAAUGACACAUGUAAUGAGAAACGCAAGAGAAAACCAUCACAGCAACCAAGGAGGAAAAGUGAUAAAAGAAAUUCUUCUGACAGUACUGUUGAUGGUCCCAGCCCUACUAAACUUUCUAAAUCAAAAACGUCGUAUGUAUUAGAUCAGAGCUCAGAUUCUGAUGAGGUGCCAGCUGUUCUCAAAGAAGUAGCUAUGAUGAGUCACAGUUCUUCAGAUAUCGAUAGCAAUAGUGAAGCACCAACAAAUGAUCAGAAGACUUCAGAUUUUCUAAAGAAUCAACCAGUAAAAGAUGAAAAUGGAAAACGAAAAAGAAAAAGUUCCAGUUCUGGUUCAGAUUUAGAUGCUAAAAGAGGCAAAUCAGCUAAAAAUUCUGCUGCUGCUAAAAAGAAACGACAAAACUAUUCAGACUCUUCAAACUACGAUUCUGAGUUAGAAAAAGAAAUAAAAAUUUUGAGUAAAAUUGAGUCUGCAAAAAAAGCUAAGAAAAAAUACUCACGAAAGGAAGAUAGUUAUGAUUCCUCUGAAGAAGAGCAGAGGAAGAAAGUAAGUAGUAAGAGAAAGACAAAUUUGAAGAAACAGAGGGAUAAAUCUUCUGAAGAUGAUGAUGCUGAGAAGUCUUCUCCAGAGAAGGAGAUUAAUCAUUCUUCUAAAGAUAAAAAAGCUGGUAAGGGGUCAGCUGCUAAGGAAAGGAUAAACAGAGACGUAAAAGAAAAAACUGUAAAGGGAAAGCAUGAUGAGUCUUCUGAUGUUGAGAAGUCUUCGCCAGAGAAAGAGGAGAGUUGUCCUAAAGGUGUAAAGCUAACUGAAGCUAAGAAGAGCAAGGAUUUGAAAAAGAAGAAGGAAGAUUCUUCUUCAGAGAGUACCGAGAAAUCUGCAAAGAAAGACCACAAUUUUGAUUCUUCAAAAGACAGAUCGAAGAAUAAAAAAGGAUCAGAAAGCAAAGCUAAGAAAUCUGAAAAACUGAAGAAGAAAAGUUACAAGAAAGAACAUGAAGAUUCCUCUUCUGAAGUUGAAAAGUCAUCUCCAGAGAAAGGAAGUUGCAAUUCUUCUGAAAAUGACAAAGCUAAAAGUGAACCAGUGUUUAAAGAAAAGAAAAGAAGGAAUUUAAGAGAGAGAGUGUCUAAAAGAGUAGAGAUUGAUUUAUCCUCUGAUGCUGAGAAGUCUCCCCUGAAAGAGGAGAGUUCUUCUGAAGACGCUGUGCGGAGUAAAAAGCAAGCUGAAACUAAAGAAAAGAAAAAAAUAAGUCACAAAAAGAAAGUUUCCAAGAAAGAAGAGAAUGAUUCGUCCUCUUCUGAUGAGGAGUCUUAUGAAGACAGUAAGAAAAAGAUUAAAAGAGGGUCAAUGAAAGAAAAUAAAAAGACUAACUUAAAAAAGAAAGUGUCGAAAAAGAAGGUGGUUGUCACUUCAUCUUCCUCAUCUGAUAAGGAAGAAAAUGAUGAACAGAAUUCAACAGGUGAUGGAAGCAGUGAUGAGCAGAAAAUUAAGCCAGUGACUGAAAACUUAAUUUUGUCUGCUGGUACAGGAUUUUGUCAGUCAUCAGGAGAUGAGGGAGAGACUAAAUCAAGGGCUGUUCCAAUGGAGGAGGAGGAUGAUGAUGAUGACGACGAUCCUGAGAAUAGAAUUGCCAAGAAAAUGCUUUUAGAAGAAAUCAAAGCCAAUCUUUCCUCUGAUGAGGAUGCAUCUUCAGAUGAUGAGUCGGAUGAAGGAAAAAAGAAAACUGGAAAGCAAAAUGAAAACACAGGAGAUGAUGAAGAGAAUGAAAAGGAAGAUAAUUCUGAUUCGGAUUCAGAGGAAGAAGAGUCUAAGAAGCCUCGAUACAGACACAGGCUGCUGAGGCACAAGCUGACCGUGAGUGAUGGAGAAUCUGGUGAAGAAAAAAAGGUGAAACCAAAAGACAAAAAAGAAGGGAAGCGCAGAAAUAGAAGGAAAGUGAGCAGCGAUGAUUCAAACGACUCCGAGUUUCAUGAGUCUGCAGUUAGUGAAGAAGUCAGUGAGUCUGAAGAUGACCAACGUCCAAGAACAAGAUCUGCCAAGAAAGCUGAGGUGGAAGAAAACCAGCGCAGUUACAAGCAGAAAAAGAAACGAAGGCGUAUAAAGGUUCAAGAGGAUUCUUCAAGUGAAAACAACAAUAAGAGUAAUUCCGAGAAUGAGGACAAUGAUGAUUCAAAAUCUCCUGGAAAAGGCAGGAAGAAAAUAAGGAAAAUUAUAAAAGAUGAUAAGCUUAGAACCGAAACACAAAAUGCACUUAAAGAAGAAGAAGAAAGAAGAAAACGCAUAGCAGAAAGAGAACGGGAGAGAGAGAAACUGAGAGAGGUGAUAGAAAUAGAAGAUGCUUCACCUCUGAAAUGUCCCAUUACAACUAAGCUGGUUUUAGAUGAAGAUGAAGAAACCAAAGAACCAUUAGUGCAGGUUCACAGGAGUAUAGUUACCAGACUGAAACCACACCAAGUAGAUGGUGUUCAGUUCAUGUGGGAUUGCUGUUGUGAAUCUGUGAAGAAAACAAAGACAUCUCCUGGUUCUGGAUGCAUUCUUGCUCACUGUAUGGGUCUGGGGAAAACGUUACAG